UCUAGAACUAGCAAGCUUUUGAAAUUUCGACAUAACAGAAAAAAAAAAUAGGCAUUGGAAACCCAUACAAAAAAAUGGCAGCAGCUGUAUCAAAGAAGGGCAGAGCCACCCGCGCAAAGCCUGCAGCGCAGGCGGCCGACUCCCCCAAGGCCGCCGUAGAGUCGCCGCAGCCGGCCAAGCGCAAGGCCGAGUCUGAGGCGUCGCCGGUCGUGACCAAGAAGGCCAAGGCUGAGAAGAACAAGAAGGCCGUUGCCGCUGCCACCACCACCAGCAGCGACAAGGAGAAGACAGCACAGAAGAAGUCGGCAACUACGCCGACAAAAGCCAGCAGCACAAAGGCUGUGAAAAAGGCAGAGAAGGAGGAGGUCGUCGCCGAGGAGGAGAUCGCCCUGGACGACGACAACGACUCGGAGGAGGAGCGCGAGGAUCAGGCUCUCGUCACCAAGCUGGGCUUUGAGGUUUCAGACGAUGAAGAGGAAGGCGGCGACUACACCGCGGGCACCGACGUCGGAAAGGUGCCCAAGGUGUCUACCAAGGUCAAGAAGAGCGCCCAGGCUGGAUCCAGCGACGGCCCGCGCGUUAUAUACAUCGGCCACAUUCCCUACGGUUUCUUUGAGCACGAGAUAAGACAGUACCUCUCCCAAUUCGGCACAAUAACCAACCUCCGCCUCUCCCGCAACAAGAAGACUGGCGCGAGCAAAGGGUACGCCUUUGUCGAGUUCCAGGACGCCAGCACGGCCGCCAUUGUGGCCAAGACCAUGGACGCGUACCUGCUGUUUGGCCGCAUUCUCAAGGUAAAGCUCGUGCCGCGCGAGAGCCAGCACGACAACCUGUUCAAGGGUGCCAACCGCCGCUUCAAAAAGGUCCCCUGGACCAAGAUGGCCGGCAAGGAGCUCGAGAAGCCCAAGGGCGAGGCCAGGUGGGGGAAGGCCGUCGAGAAGGAGAACAGGAGGCGCUCCGGCAGGCUCGAGAAGCUCAGGGAGCUGAUGGGGUACGAGUUCGAGGCCCCCGCCGUCAAGCCCGCCGUCGCCGCCAUCGAGGCCAAGAAGACGGCCGAGAUCGAGGCGCCCAAGGAAGUGGAGGAGAAGCCAAAGGCCAUCGAGGCCCCGCCCGCUGCUGAGAAGGAGUCCGUCGUCGAGGCGGCCAACAGCCCAGCUGCGAAGCCUGCCAAGACGACCAAGGCAAAGAAGGGGAGGAAGGCUAAGUCUUGAGCUUGUAGCCGUUUGUUUUGAUUGCAUCGAGUACAAGCCAAAAAAAGAGACAUGGUUAUGACUACUGGCUAGCCCUAAUGAAUGAAAAACGCGCACGCUGAACUUUUUACUGCACUGACACAUUUUUUAACAAUUUUGGAAUUUUGACGUAGUGACAUGACAAAAUGAAUGUAUAUACUUUUGUUAACCUAUAUGGGAUUUUCACAGUCCCAGCGUUACAGUUUGACCAUGUAUACAGCCCUUGGUAUCUCCCGUUAUUUUGUUACAAGUACAACGUGGAUGGAAUUCAAUGACCGCCGCUCUGAC